AUGGUGGCUGUAGAGGAGAAGAAGGAGAGGGAGGCUGCCCUGGCCAAGGCUCGGGAGACCUCGAAGAAAGCGGAGGAAGAGGGCCGUGCGGUCGCCGAGCUUGACAAGGAGAAGAGCCUCCUUAAGUCAGAACUCGCCUCUGCUCGGGAGGCCUACCGAGAGCUAAAGGAGGAGUGCGUGAAGAGCGAGAUCGCUCGGAGCGCCGCGGAGGAGGCGGGGAAGAAGGCCCGUGAGGACCUCGAGGCAGAGCGAAUCCGUUCUCGCAGUCUUUCUGACGACGUAGACCGUCUGAAGAUAAUGCUGUUGGAGAAGGAGGGAGCCAUCCUACAGGCGGGUAAGAUGAUCGAGGACCUGCAGGUCGAAAAUUCAGAUCUGGCUCGUUCCUAUAAGGAGAUCGAGAGGGCCAACACCGACUUGGUUGGUGAGAACACGGCUCUCGAAGAAAGGAUCCGCGGGCUCAAGGAUGAUCUCCUGGCCACCCAGGUCGACGCUCGCUCCACUAAGGUUCAGCUCGAGGGGGAGGUCGCUCUAACUAGUCAACUAAGGACUGCGAUAAUGUCCCACGGCUUCGUCACUGAUAUUUCCAAGAUCGAUGUCGAGAACGAGGAGAGGCUCCAUGCCUUGAUCGAUGACGCAGAGGUCCCUCGGGAAAGGUUGGCGAAGCUGUUCGAGACAGAGGUACUUCCUCCCGAGACUAGCCCAGGUGCAGAUGAUGGUGGUGAGGGCGGAGAUGUGGACUAA